UGGACGCCCAGCGAAAAUAGCGGAUGGGCAAAUGUUAUACGUGUGGGGAGUGUUGAUCAAGAAGGCGAGCGUAGCAAAGUCGUGCCCGGAAGUGGAAGUGAGGUCAAGAAGAGAAAAAAGAAGAGAAAGCGAAAGGUGAAACCAGCAGAACAUUCGGCAGAAAGGAGAAGUGAGAAGACAGGCACAUGUUAUAGAGGUUAGAAUUGAAGGAACGAAACAGAUUGCAAAAUGGGCAUGCGAGGUUGAAAUUUGUGAGCCUCAAGACGUCUGGCUGAGUGAUCGGGACAGCCUGUUCUUUGUCCAGUUGCCUUCUUAUAGGUUUUAGUCUGAGACUUGGAUUCUUCGAUGUGCGAAUAGCACGGAGGGAGAGAGGGAGGGAACGAGGAAGCUCAGGAGGGCGACAAACGCGCAGAGAGGGAGGGAGGGAGAGAGAAGAAUUCAUCACUGGGCCUGUCUGGAGUGAUAGCAAAAUCUGUGGAUCUGUUGCAGCUAGUUCGAUUUGUGCGUGAGUUUGAGGGAUGGAACCAGUGAGUUGACUAAACGGGCUGGACCUCCUUAUUAUGGACAUUACAUUACGAUGGGGCAAACGUUUCGGAAGCUUUUUGACAGCAUCUUUGGCAACAAGGAGAUGCGAGUGGUGAUGCUGGGUCUAGAUGCUGCUGGCAAGACAACCAUUCUUUACAAGCUUCACAUAGGAGAAAUCCUUUCCACAGUGCCCACAAUAGGGUUCAACGUUGAGAAAGUACAAUACAAGAACGUCGAAUUUACGGUUUGGGAUGUCGGCGGUCAGGAAAAGUUGAGGCCACUCUGGAGGCAUUAUUUCAACAACACUGAUGGUUUGAUAUAUGUGGUCGAUUCAUUAGAUAGAGAGCGAAUUGAUAAGGCAGCUGCGGAGUUCCAGACGAUCGUGCAAGACCCGUUGAUGAGGAACAGUGCUAUUCUUGUGUUCGCCAACAAGCAAGACAUGAAAAAUGCUAUGAGCCCUGCAGAAGUAUGCGAAUCGCUGGGUCUGUACAGCCUUCAAAAUAGGCGAUGGCACAUUCAAGGAACGUGCGCUCCCAAAGGGGAAGGCCUUUAUGAAGGUCUGGAUUGGUUGGCCAACAUUCUCAAGGAGAUGCAGGCCCAAGGUGUAUCGACAUCGGUACUUGGAUCCACCACUGGAAUAAGGCGUUCAGGUGGAAAUUGAUUGAGAUUCUAAUUCGCACCACCCCUUCCAGUCAAGGAGAUGUUGAUUUGGUGGACACCAGAGCAGGCAGUGGUAUAGGGAACGAUGGAAUAGUAUUGCAGCUUUUGUCAUCGGAAAUAUCGGUGUUUCUUCACCAGAAGUUAGUGCUCGGUCUUCGUAUGCUUUCAAAGUUGCUUGUAGUCAUCGCAGAGCGAGUUUCUGCCUCCAGGAGGCAUUGUUGUAGAUGUUGGCCUUAGAUAUCGGAGUUAGUAGUGACGACUCAGGCGACCGUGUCCUGUUUGUUUUUUAACGCUUAAGGACCAUCCACUGUCAUUCAUUCUAGGUUCACGCUCGGCUCCUCGGCGGCCUUGAUAGUAAUGGAGUAAUUUCGAAUUACUUUUGAUUCAAUAAGUGUUUGGAAUCUACUUUCACAUGUUUUCUACAUAAAAGUCUCUUAGCUGGUUC